AGGUGGGAGGGUCAUGACGCAGCGAGUUUCUGUCGUGACUUUCCGGGGGCAGUUUGGCGUCCCCUCUUUUUCCCUUUAAAGUAAAACGUGUCCUCGACGCACCCUGGUCCCUACCGCACGCAUCUGGGGGGCGGCCGAGGCGGCGGGAGGGGCCGAGCUGACGGGCGGGCCGGCGCGCUGGGUCACGUGGGUGUGUUGUGGGGGGAGGGGCGCGGCCGCGCGGUAGGUUCUGGGCGGUUGGGCGCGCGAGCGAUCGAGCGAGCAAGGGAGAAGGAGCGAAGGUAUCCGUGUCCGUCGCCGUCGCCGCCGCCGCCCCUGCUCUGUAUGCGGCUCUGCCCCGGCGCGGCCGCCGCCGAUCGCAGCAGCAGCCGCCGCCGCCGCGGUUGAUGUGGUUGGGCCGGGGCUGAGGAGGUCGCCAAGAUGCCGCAGUCGAAGUCCCGGAAGAUCGCUAUCCUGGGCUACCGGUCUGUGGGGAAAUCCUCAUUGACGAUUCAGUUUGUUGAAGGCCAAUUUGUUGACUCCUACGAUCCAACCAUAGAAAACACUUUCACAAAGUUGAUCACAGUAAAUGGACAAGAAUAUCAUCUUCAGCUUGUAGACACAGCUGGGCAAGAUGAAUAUUCCAUUUUUCCUCAGACAUACUCCAUAGAUAUUAAUGGCUACAUUCUUGUGUAUUCUGUUACAUCAAUUAAAAGUUUUGAAGUGAUCAAAGUUAUCCAUGGCAAAUUGUUGGAUAUGGUGGGGAAAGUGCAAAUACCUAUUAUGCUGGUUGGGAAUAAGAAAGACCUGCAUAUGGAAAGGGUGAUCAGUUACGAAGAAGGGAAAGCUUUGGCAGAAUCUUGGAACGCGGCCUUUUUGGAAUCUUCUGCUAAAGAAAAUCAGUGGCUGCAUUUAGGAGACACGGACUGGCCGCCGCUUGCCCUGCCUGAAGGAGGGCCGCUUCCACCCAGUCACGACGGCCCGCACCCGAGGGCUCAGCCUGUGCUCGCGUCUCUCCUUUCAGACUGCGGUCGACGUUUUCAGAAGGAUAAUUUUGGAGGCAGAAAAGAUGGACGGGGCAGCUUCCCAAGGCAAGUCUUCGUGCUGCGUGAUGUGAUGCGACUGCGCGGCCUGAGGGCCCUGGGGUCGUGUCCUGCCUGAGGACGUGGUCCCCGCCCUCAGAGAAAACUCCGCUGCUUCUCUUCUGUUAGCCUCAGAGACGUCCUUUGGGUCAGAGCCUCUCCACUUUCAGUUUCUGUUCAACUCUGACUCUGUCCAAAUGAGUUCGCUUCCAUUUUCAAAUUUUAAGCAAUUGUAUUUUCAAUUUAUAUAUUGUAUUUCUUAAUAAUAUUAUGACCAACAAUUUUAUUGGCAUUAAUUUUUCAGUGUAGUUUGUUGUUUAAAGUAAUGUAAUCAUCAAAAUGAAACAUAUUGUUAACACUACUAUUAACUAGGCUUCAAUAUGGCAGUGUUUAUUUCAUUGUGUUAAAUGUAUACUUGUAAAUAAAAUAGCUGCAAACCUUAA